AACUUCAAUUCGCCAUCCCUCCCGCAUGGGAGUGGAUGGUGAUGCUGACGAUGAGAGAUCUCCUCCCCCGCUUCGUCGCAUAGCGGCGACAGCUCUUCGCCUUCCCUGCGCGAACGCUAUAUGGAGAAGGACCAGGGUGGUUUGGGCAUCAACCUGAGCGAAGUCGGCUCGUUCAAGGAUGACGGCACCACCAUGGGAGUGGAUGGUGACGCCGACGACGAGAGAUCCCGUAAGAGCGAGUCUCUCAGAACUCCCAUCUCGAACGCCUUCAACUCGCUGUGGACUCCUCGCGUCAAGGCUGAGCGCGAGCGCAAGGACUUUGCCAAGUCACUUCGCAAUGUGAAUCAGCGUAUCAGUGAUCUUCACACCGAGAACGUCGAGCGCCUGGCCUACAUGGACAACAAGAUGGAUCGACGGCAAGUUCCAGAUUCAACUCGACAACAUUCGCGAGUCUGUCGAUGCUAUCGGCGUUGCCUUCGUCCAGUUCGGCAUGGACGAUGAGAAGGUCCAGUUGAUCGCUGACAAGGUCAUCGACGCCCUUUGUCCAAUCAUCACCAAGGGUCAUGAGCAGAACAAGGCCGACACUGAGCGCCGUUGAACUGCAGCAGUCGACCGCCUUACUGGAUCACACAUCCAAUUUGACU